AUGAAUUGGAAGGAGAUGCUCAAGUUUGUGCUCUGCGCCUUCACGUGUGUCCAGUCUGCUGCUGCUGUGUCUGCUUCAGGUUGCAAAGGAGACAAAUGCAGCACUCAAGGCACCUUCCCUACAAUGCCCGCUCCUCCUUCCUCCUCUGUUACCUCUUCUCCUUCACUUCCAGUAACUUCAUCUCUUUCCUCCUCCAUUUCCUCUCCUCCUUCAAGCUCUGCUUCGUCCUCUUCUCCCUCUUUGGCAAAAUCCUCACAGACCUCCCAGGACUUCCUGGGUCAGUUUACCCAGGUGAGGUCACCAAAUAACGGGGACCGUAAACACCGUGACGCCAGCGCCGUCCUGCCCUUCAUCGGCCUAACCAGCAGUGCUGAUCAGAGUCGAAGCUGCUGUAAGAAUGGAGGAACCUGCAUCUUGGGCAGCUUCUGUGCCUGUCCUCCAUAUUUCACCGGGAGAACCUGCGAGUACGACCAAAGAAUCAGGACUUGUGGUUUGAUUCCUCAUGGCGAGUGGGUUCAGAAAGGCUGCUCCUACUGCCGCUGUGGUUAUGGCAUGCUGCACUGCUUCGCCAACGUCUUCCAUAAAGACUGUGAUGAUUCUGAUGAGGUGCGCUGGUAUCGUUCAUCGGCUGUCAGGAUGAUUCCCACUGGCUUCUUCUUCUUCUAUCUGAUCCUGCUUCCUUCUUUGUAUUUCUUCAUCUGA